AUGCCCAAGAACGCGGAGGUCAUCUUGCGCUACGGGCCGUACAGCGCCGUGGGGCUGUCAGUGGAGCACCGCACCUUCCGCCUGGAGGGCCUGCAAGCCGUGUUGACCAAAGAUGGACAUACUGUCUUCCUAGAGAAGAUAGAAGACUGGAAUGUGAUAGAACUCAUGGUGAAUGAAGAAAUUGUCUUCCACUGCAACAUUAAGGACUUGGAGUUUGGAGGUGAUGGUAAGCUAGAUCCACUGUGUGAAGAGGCCAGGAUAGCGGUACUAAAUGCGGACUGAUCCUUCGUGGAACAGACAAUGUCAGCUGACUCAGGUCUUUCUGUGAUGCCAGCAAAGUGGCCUUCCAGCA